GCACAUUAUUACAAUUGUUGGGUUAUUGGGCUGCAAUACACGGGCCUGUCCAACACCUCCUAAGAGACCUUGGAUAAAGCAGCUAUGCACGCAAGGGUUAGGCCCAAGCGGUAACACCAAAUCCAAUGGGCCAGGAUACAGGCUAGGCCAAAGAAUAUUUGGCUGACUAUGAGAGAAUCCGAUGAGCGUGUUUGUGUGUGCUGAGCAAGACCGACUAGAGCCUGAACCAACAAGACCAUUGAGUGUUUCAUCUUAAUAGUUGGUCAACUUCCACUCUUGGGACAGCGCAUAAUGCGCCAACAAUCCGAAAAUGGACUUGCUAGUACCACGAUUAGCGGGAAACUAGAGUUUGUCGUGAAUAGCAUAUAAUGGAUGGAUAUUGGCAAAAGGAUAGCUCAACAGAGAAAAUAAUAGACUAGGGUUAUUUAUGUAUUUUACACAUUACUAUCCUAUUAUAAAUAUACCCGUCUACCUGUUCCAUUAUUCCACAUGGUAUCCAGAGCUAAGGUCUAAACCUAAUUUUUUUUCUUCGGCCGACUCUCCUUCUUCUCUGCGAUCGCCGCACAGUGUCUUUUACCAAGGCUACCGCUACAGCCGCUAUCUCCACCACCACAAUACCUUCUGCUCCGGCUCGAGCAAGCAUCAGUAUUCCUGUCUCUCUGUCUUCGACCGACGCCCCUUCUUCCUCGGGAAUGCAGCCUUCCGUCGUUCUGCCAGACACGACCGCCCUGUCGGCAUCUUCUUUCACCUCACCGUCGAAGGGUUUGGGACAAAGCUACACUCUAUUUCAGAAUCUGCCACCGACUUUUCCAUGGUCAGCGUCGCCUCAAUUUGCGCAACCCUCCAUGGACCCGCCACCCUCCUUCUCUGCACCGACGGCUACUCAACCCUCUGUACCGACGAUUGCUCAAUUCUCGGGACCCACGUUUGUUGGUUCUCCAGGGAUUUCAUCCUCUGUUCCCGCAACCAGAACCGCACCUCUGCCUCUUUCGAAUUUCCCUAUGGCAGAUUUGGCACAUACUCUAUCUCAUGUGGCCACCAAUGUUACUAAUAUAUGGGGUGUUUGGAUCCGAUUCUGAAAACUGAUUCUGAUUCUGCUUCUCCUUUAAAAAAGAAGCAGAAGCAGAAUCAGUUCCAAACACCCCCAUAGUAGGUUGGCCAUGAUAAUAUGUGUGUAUUGCAUGUGUCAAGGGGGAGAAAAUUGGAAAACGGACAAAAAGAGUAUGUGUGAGUUGUAUUUUGUACUUUGUGUGAGUUGUAUUUUGUCCUUUGUGUGAGUUGUAUUUUGUCCUUUGUGUGUGUUGCAUGUGUUGAGGGGGAGAAAAUCAGAAAAAGGACAAAAAUAGUAUGUGUUGCAUGUGUACAUUGUGUGUGUUUUUCAUUUUUUUUUUGCAUCAUUCGAGGGGGAGCAUAUUAUCAUUAGAUUGGUUUGGGCCUCGAAAUCUUUCUCUUAGGGCCCAAAAUCUUUUUCGCAUAUAUAAGGGCUUCAAGAACCUUUUCUGUAUUCAU